AGUACAUAAACCUCCACCUCUAUCCACCCAUUCACACUCAAAACUAUUCUUCUCUGGGUUAGUUGGUGUGAAGUGUACACUUGAUGAUACGCAGAGGGGGAGAAUUCUCCUUUAUUUUACCGUUCGCUCCCUGCUCGACGCCGGCGGUUCUUCUUCUGACUAAUCGUCUUUAUUAAGAGUCAAGUUCCUCCAAUCUAAUGAUUCAAAAAGGCGCUGAUUCGGCGAAGGACAGAAGAGUAAAAGGGUUCAAUGUCAAGUUUGGGGCUUCUGCCUAAAAGAUGGAGAAUUGUUAAUAGACGCAAAUUAGAAAUGACACACACACACACGUCCCCACACACACACGCACACACAGACGGAUGCCAUGGCUGAGGAAAGAACGUGCAGAAGAGGGAGCUAGAGAGAGAGAGAGAAACAGAGAGAGAGAGAGAGAGAAACAGAGAGAGAGAGAGAAAAUAUGAAACAAGUCAUUUGCAAAGGAGUAAAUCACGGAAAGCUGGGUGAGAGCGCGAUAGGCUCCCGGUUCCAGCGUUUCCACUGGAAUUGUGAUUGUGAUGCGCAGGAGUCUUUCUUCUCUGCUGCUUCUUCUUGUCUUUGUUCUUCUUUUUCUCUUUCUCCGCCGGAUAUCCAAUGGAACCGUGCUGAUUGUUGUACUGUUAUUGCAGUUGCUUUGCCUUUUUCCUCGCUAUCCCUGCUCUGGUUGCUUCUUGUCGCCGUUGCUCACACUGCAACCAGAUUGUGUGUUGUGGCUGUGAGGGAAAGCUGAACAGCCCCGGCGGCGGACCCGAUUCUCUUCCCCCCAUCUUGGUCUGUGUGUGUAUGUGUGUGUAUGAGUGUGUUGUCGGCGUGUUACUGCCUCUCAGCACCGCACAGAAGCAGGGGGAAACAAUAAAAAGAGAAAGAAAAACACACACCAGAUAGUCCACUUUGACUGUGCUGAGCCAAACGCACGUUUAAGAAUAUCCAUUACACGAAAGAUGAGUUCAUAUUUUGUAAACUCGCUCUUCUCGAAAUAUAAAAGUGGAGAUUCGUUACGGCCAAACUACUAUGAGUGUGGUUUCGCACAGGACCUGGCCGGCAGCCGGCCCACGGUGGUCUAUGGACCGGGAUCCGGCGCUACCUUCCAGCAUACUCCGCAGAUCCAGGACUUCUACCACCACAGCGCCUCCUCGCUCCCAAGCAACCCCUACCAGCAGAGUCCGUGCGCGGUCACAUGUCACGGCGAGCCGGGGAACUUUUAUGGAUAUGACGCACUGCAACGACAGACGAUUUUUGGAACCCAAGACGCCGACUUGGUCCAGUACAGCGACUGUAAGCUCGGGGGCGCGACCGGACUGGGAAACGAGGACGCGGAGGGAACCGAGCAGAGCCCUUCGCCGACACAACUGUUUCCCUGGAUGAGGCCACAAGUAGCUGCUGGCAGAAGAAGAGGUCGGCAGACCUACAGUCGCUACCAGACUCUGGAGCUGGAGAAAGAGUUCUUGUUCAACCCCUACCUAACCAGGAAACGCCGAAUCGAGGUGUCGCACGCAUUAGCGUUGACAGAGCGGCAGGUUAAGAUCUGGUUCCAGAACCGCAGGAUGAAGUGGAAAAAGGAGAACAACAAGGACAAGUUCCCCAGUAGCAAGAGUGAACAGGAGGCGGUGGAACGGGAGAGGAGGGAGAAGGAACUGCGAGAGGCCGGUGGUGGUAGCGGUGGAGGCAGUGGAGAAGGGGAUGGAGGAACAGGCACGGGGUCGGGUACGGCGGGGUCUCAGGGCUCCGUCAGUGAGGACUGCUGUGAGAAAACACACAAACAAAUGUAAAGAGAGAGGCAGAGAAUUUUGAGGGAUCGGGGGUGGUUAAUCUAAAUGGCCAACAAAGGUGAUGGUUGAAGUUGGAUCAGUGGACUAUUUUAACUUUAACGAGGCCAAUAAACUACCUGCGCUCUCCGUGAUUCGUCAGAUGAGGCUCCAGUAUUGUAAGAGCAACGAGUUGGAAGGACUGAAGGUCUGAUGACUGUCAAAACCACAGGAAAGAGCUAUAAAGCAAAAAAAAAAAAAUAAAUAAAUAAAAAAAGCUAAAGCUGUAAAUCGACUUAAUUGGAUGGCACUUAUCAUUCGAACUUAUCAAAUAUGUAACUCCCACCCCCAGCCCUCACGAACAAGGUAAAAGAAAGAAGAUUAAAGGGUAGCUUCCUUUUUUUGUGGAACAAGUAUCGUGAAACAUUUCUAUAUUGUUAGAACUUUAUCAUUAACAGUUUCAUCUUUGGCAGCUGUAUAGUUUUUAAGUUAAAUAUGAUGGUGCACUUUUUACUGUAAUUCUCACGUCAAUGUUCUUGUUGUUAUGACUAUGAUUUAUGAUAAUUAUGAAGAUGAUGACGUAGCAAUUAAUGAAAUUUCCAACAACAUGAAACUGCCUAUUUAUGCCGAUUUAGUAGGUUGGGUCUCUCAUUUUUUACACACUGUCAUUUUAGUUCGUUUUUUGACGUAGCCUAUGUCAAGGAUAUUUGUUUUAUGUUGUAUUCCUAUAUCGUUUAGGAAAAAGAGCAUGCGCACAGUGCAGAUGAAAAAAAUGAUAAAAAUAUAGUAAAUAAAAAUAACAAUAAAAUUUGUUGAAAAAACUGGCUAUAAAAAUGAUUGUUUUCUGGAUUGUUCUCUGAGCCAGUGAGAAUGAUAGUUUAAAUAACUUGGUCAAAUCUUUAAAUGUCUCAUUUUGAUGUCAACUAGAAUUCUCAUUUCUUUUUUUCUCCAUUAUUCAGCCUGUAUAAUGAUUCUGUAUCUAAUCUUUAAAUCCCAGUCUCAUUUCCCUGUCCUUAUUUGUUGUUUCAGUCCCAAUAAUCUAAACACAUUUUGUUAAAUGGCAAAAAGUUAACACUGAACCUAAAUCUACUCUAACUAUCUCCACCUUUAUCGGAGCCCAUUCCCACUCAACACACACAAAAUCACAAUUCAUCGAGGCAUCAUUUAAUUAAUGGUCUGGUCCCCACCCCCUCUUACACUAUUAUAGGCCUCUAUCAGACCUCUAUCAUUAAAAUGCCUCCCAUCAUCAUUGCUAUGACAACUUGAGGUCAGAUGGUUUCCAUAUGCAAGGAUCAAACACAUGGAAUACAAAUAUUUAUCCGUUGAUGGAGAAUAAUUUUGUACAAUUUUGGACUGAUACUUUUCACUCAUUUCACCAAGCACCAGAUAUUUGUCUUAUCCAAUCAGGUUUUGUUAUUUAUUUAUGGUAGCAAUACUGUUUUAUUUUAUAGAGCAUAGAGAGAAAGUAAUUUGUUUUGCAUAAUUUCAUUGAUUUACAUAUUGUCCCCACAAAUUUACACAGAAAAGAUUUCUAUCAUGUUCAAUAUUGUUCAGUGUUUGAAAUAUUUAU